AUGGGAAGGAACCACAUUCCUUGGCACAGCGUCCGUCGUCUCGAGCUCAACCCUGGCGACGAGAUGGAGGCGUUUGAGCCAGCUCAGUUCAUCGAGUCUCUCACGGCCUACAUGUGCGAACCGACUAAUCCGGCUCUGCCUCUCGAAGAGCUUGCCUUUGCUUUCCCAACAUUGCGUCAAGCGACUGAGGUCAGCUCCGAGGAAAACGAGUUCUGUCAAGCCGACCUUCAUCACAUCUUUCGAAACCUGCACCCUUCAGCCCUUCGCUCGCUGUCUCUAUGUCGCAUCGAGUCCUUCAAGUGGACGCAACCGGUCUUCCUUCUUCCAAGCGUCACGUUUCUCUCUCUCGAUGGCUACGGCGACUUGACUUCAACGGCGAGUAGCGAGCGUUUGUUCUUCGCAUGCAUCGGCACGCUCACGCACAUGGACCCGCAGGAAGAGUUCGACCACUUCCUCGGUUUCCUUGAAUCGUUCCCAACGCUGCAAGAGCUUCGCCUUUCGCGAUUCGACAUCCUCCGCGUAACGGCUGCCGAUCCGACUCCCGCUUCGUUCGACGCCAAGACCGUCGCCCGCCUCUCCUCGCGCAAGCUUGCCUGCCUCGGUCCCAGUCUCGUCAUUUCUGCUUUUCACCUUGCAAUGCACCAAGGUUACCAAGGUCGCGUAUCGCGAAUCCUUGACCGCUAG